GUCUGGUAAAAAAUCUGUAAACAAGUGUAAAAAUGUCAUUUGGCAAAAUUGCUGGAAAAGUUGCUAUUUUAUUAGCUGGUGGGGCAACGGUUGCAGGGAUAGGUUAUGUGACGUACAACUAUUUGAAGCUAAGAAAAGAUGCACAAGAAGAUGAAGGGUUUGAAGAGCUGUCAAAGACAAUCGAAGAGUCCAAGGAAAAGCGUGUGUUGGUACUUGGAUUGGACAAUGCGGGGAAAAGUGCUGUCUUGGCAUGCAUGGAGAACAAUGAACUGCAAUCAGCACCUAAACCAACUGAAGGAUUUAAUGUGAUGUGUGUGCAGAAAAAUGAUACAACAUUGAACAUAUGGGAAAUUGGAGGUGAUCCAUCUGUGAGGAAAUACUGGCACAACUUUAUUCAGGACACAGACAUAUUGGUGUUUGUAGUGGACUCUGCAGACACCAAGAGACAUCCAGAGGCAUAUGAUGAAUUACAUAUACAGCUAGGGGAUGAGAGAUUAAAACAUGUACCAAUAGUAAUUGUAGCCAAUAAACAGGACUUGGCUGGUGCUUUGAAACCACAUGAAAUACAAACAGUGUUAGGAUUAGACUUUUUCUCACCUAAGGACCACAAAGUUCAGGUUAUAGGAACAGAAACUCCUUUAGAGGGUAUCAAGAAAGGGCAUGAGCAUUUGGAGAAUCUUCUUAUGAAACUAUAACAAGUGCAUUUAAAUCUAGUAGGAAACAACACAUUUUUUGAAUCAACAAGAUUGUGUUUGUGUUGAUAACUGUGGGAAAUAUGGACAUUUGAUGUCUCCAGUGUACAUGUAUAACGAAAGGGUGUAAUUUGUAUAUCUGCACUUUUCAAGAUGUGAUCUCCCUAGCAUUUGAGCAAGUGGGUACGGAAUACUCAUGAAAUUUUGAAUAUAGCGUAGAAUCGUCUGAAAACCUUUUUGAAAAGGAGAGCUAUGAAGCAUUGGCACAUUUUGACAAACUAUGAAUUCUAAAAAUGAUUAUUUUAUACGUACUUGAGAAUUCUGAGGAGAUCACUGUUAAGGUAUAGUUUCUGUCCAGUAAUUAUUG